CGUAGUAACUGAUUAAACGCAUGUUUAAAUAUGGAUUUUGUUCCAGAUGACAUAUUGAAAGAGUUCCCUCAAGAAAACGAAAGUCAGCUUUGGGAAUAAUUAAGUAUAGUUCGAUCGAGUUUUUAGGGCACCUCAUAGAUCCCAAAACAAGGGUGAAUUUUGGGAACAACAUCUCAGCUGAAAAAAUUCCACGGUCUAAAAAAGUGACAUGGACUAAAACUGAGGGAUCAUAUGAAAUCGCAUUAAAAUCUGAGACUUCAUUCAGGCAAGCUUUGCACUCAUAUGAUAUUUUCUUAGGAGUAUUAUUGCUUCUAAGCAAAGGUCUCACACAAGCGAUAGGAGUUAUGUUGCAUAUUUGUCUAAAAAACUCGCUGAUAUAGUUCAGAAUACGCAUAUAGGAGAACUUUCACCUGUUGAAAGUGAAGAACAACUUCAGAAGUUUAAAGAAGCCAGUCACACAGCAUUAAAGGGUAUUCAAAACAUUUUCAGAGAGGCAAUAACUCAGAUACGCCCUGAAGAAAGUCAUCGCAGGGCAUUGCUUCUUAGCCUGUCAGAUAGGUAUGAAAAUAUUUUCAAUAACUUAAUUGAUGCUUGUGAGAACUGUGAUCUCUGGGAGAAAAGAUCUUUGCAUGAUAAAUGUAGAGGGUCUGCGUAACAAAAAGAAAUUGGAGGACUGCUUGAAGUGUCUCACUGACGCGAGUUUAAACAAUGAAAAACUUCAAUCAUCUAUCAAAAAUCUGAAUUUAGAGAUAAUGCAAGCUAUUUCAUCUACAAAGGCAAAUGAAGAAGAAGUGUUAAAUGUUCAUAACUUAUAUAAACUUCAGCUUCAAAGAACUGAGAGUGAUCAAAGAGUACUUGCAGAAGAAAGUUGUCAUUGCUUUAAUAUGGCUCUUAACUUAAUAAAGUUGUUUUGUGAUAGAAACAUGGUGACUAUUAUAGAUCAUCUCCAAAUGUCCAAAGAUAAGUGGUUAACUAUGUAUGAUCGAUCAUUUCUGUUGAUGAGAAAAUUAAUAACACAAUUAUUUGAAACAUUGGCAGCGUGUUCAGAAGGGAUUAUGCGCUUUUCUGAAUGUCUGGAAUACUUAUUUAUGUCAUCUAAGUAUCAUUUGGAUGACUUGUUGAAAAAAAUUGAAAAAAUAGAAAUUUAUCUACAUCCAACGUUUGAGGAUAACGUAAAAAAUAGAAGUCCAGAAUAUACAACGCGUGCUACCAUUCUACUGACUGAUAUUCUAGAAACAGCACAAAAAUUAUUAAACAAAAUAGAUAAAUUGUGGACAAUGAAAAAAUGUGAAUUAAUUAAUCAAAUUGGUUUGAAUACAUGCCAAUAUGAUAGUACUGAUAUAAAUGAAAUAAAACAUAAUGAUGAAACUAUUAUAGAUAAUGAUGAAAAUUUUAAACAAAAUCAAACAAUAAAUAAUAAAAUAUUUAAACAUGGAACUUUUAUUUCAACUUUAAGAUUAAAUUGUAGUUCACAAAAUAUUGCACAACCAAAAUUUUAUAAACAACUUUUUAAAAUAUUAAAAUCUGAAAUAAAUUUAUCUGAUUUAAAAUUACUACUUAAAUCAGCAACAGAUGAAUUUCAUGAAUUAUUUGUAUUUAUGAAAGAAAAUUUAAAUAAUCAACAAUCAUCAGGAUUAUUUAAUUGGUUGAAUUUAACAAAUAAUAUCAAUGAUUUAAAAGAUAUUCUUUGUAGAUUAUCAAGUAUACUGACAAUUCAAGAACGUAAUUUAAUCAAACUAAUCGAUUUAAAUGACUUAGGCAUAUCAACUUUUGUUCAUAUGAUUGAAAAACUUAAAGAUAAUUUAAACAAUGGACAAGAGGAAGAAGGACCACUUUUCGACUUAAACAAACUACGGGAGAGAUUCAAAAAAUGGAAAGAUUUAAUGAAACUAGAUGACUGUGAUCCUUUUCAAUCGAAUCCUGUCGUGGAUAAAUUAUCUCUGGAUGGAGAAGAAGAUAGUGAUAAAAAUGAUAAAUUUAAUCAAACAAAAUUAACUAUUCAAUUAAAUGAUCAAUCUACAUUAAAGUUAAUUAUAAAUAUGCAACAAAUUUUAAAUCAAAGAUUAUGUGAAUUAAAUUUAAAUUUAGUUAAUAAUGUUAAUAAAAUUGAUAUGAAACGAUCAUUAGUAUGUCAAUUAACUACCGAAUGGUUAUCUAGUUUAGUUAUAUGGGUUUGUUUAAGAAAUUGUAAUUGUGAACAACAGACAUUAUUUGAAAAAAUUUAUAAUUAUAAAUUGAAUAAUUCAAAUAAUUUAGAAACUAAUUCAUCAAAACAAAUUUGUUUACAUCAAAUGGAUAGAAUUGAAGCAAUUGAACAUAACAUAAUGGAAAUGAAUAAUGAAGAUACUGUUAUAAAUACUGACUUUAAUGAUAAUGAUGAUAUUAUAUCCAGUGAGAAUAAAUAUUAUAAUGAAACUGGUAUUGAUAAUGAUGAUGAUGCUGAAUGGAUUACUUCAUGUUUCAAAGAAUCUUAUCAAGAUUUGCAAAAUCAUUUAAAUGAUUUCGAAACAAAAUCUAAAUUAGAAGAUGUUAUUCAACAAUUAAUCAUUGAACUUGAUGAUAUUUCUAUGAAUUUAAAUAUAAAUACUUGUCUAACUAAAUAUUUCAAGAAUCAAAUAGAUUUCGAAUUAUGGGAACAACAAAGAAACGAACUAAAUUUGGCCAAAAAGGAAUUCAUUCAAGCUUGGAAUAAUUUACUCAGUGAAAUAUAUCAAAAUCAUUCUGAUGAACAUGCAGAAAAUGAAAAGACAGACUUUUCGAAAGGCCACAAUAAAGAGGAGCAUGAAGCUUCAAAAUCCGAUGUCAAUAACAAUCUGAACUGUUUACACGAAUCCAAUCAGGAUGGAUUCUUCUGUACUGAUUCAAUUGAUUAUAUCAACAAACAAAUGGAAGCAGCAUCAGAACGUCAGAAAGCUUCUUUCAUAAAACGCAAAAAUCUUAAAGAUGCGAUACAACAAAAAGAAGAACUAAAGAAUAAACUCGAGAAAGAAAUAGAAGAUAUUGAUCAAAAGUUGGUUGAACUUCGUAAAACAUUAGGUGAUGCAUUUGAAAGUAUGCAAUUAGAAGUUCAACACGGAAAAUCUUAAAAAACUACAAUACAGAAUAUUUCUUUUAUAUAUAUAUAUAUAUAAUUAGUAGAUUAAUUUAUUGUUUUCAUGUUUUGUAAUUGUUACGUUCGAUAAAUACACUUAUUAAAAAAAAGCAAAGUGGCAAACC